AUGUUAUUGUGUGGGAUUCUCAAGCUUUAGUCGGUGAACCUCAGAGGCGUCGAAGGAAAGCUGCGUCACAACCACCAAAAACCAUCGAACUUUUUAAGUUGCAUUUAGGCAACGCUCCGGAAGAACAAAAAACAAAACGCCCUCCAAAUUUUUCUGCAGAAAUUAUUGUUUAUUUAAAUUUUCAUAGUCUAUUAAAGAAGUUUAACGCCGUUGGCCAAGAAUUAAUUUCUUUAGCCAUGUGCGUUUGGUGGUCACUGUCCCCCCCCCCGCAGACGCUAAAAGAACAGAACUUGAUAACCGAAGCAUCAUAUCGGGUCGUUGACUGCGGUGGCGGUACGGUAGAUUUAACCGUUCGAAAACUAUUAGAUGAUAAUCAGAUUGGCGAGGCUACAGGGCAUUCCGGCGACUUUUGCGGUAGUACCUAUGUAGAUAAAGAAUUCUCAACUAUUUCGAAAAUUUCAUUUACCGUGAAUCUUCCAAUUUUAGGACAUACAAAUUAUAUAUUGAAAAAAUGUCCCGCCUUGAAACAAUAUGCUAGGGAUCAAACUAGAGAAAAGUUGGAUGAAGAAUGA